AUUUACAGCGCGGUACCGUCUUCCUUCUGGUGUCAUCUGCGUUCUUUGGCCAACUUGACGCACCGCGCCACCGCUGCCGCUCCUGCCGCUCCUGCCGCCCCUGCCGCUCCUGCCGCCCCUGCCGCUGCUGCUGACACAGAACCCGACGGUCCUGCACCGAGACGGCGCACGCACGCACACCUGACACCGCGCAGCAAACGCUUGUGGCUAAAAGAGUCUGUCCGUGGCUGGAAGGGGCACUUCUGUAGAUAUUCCUCCGCAGGUCAGGAUGAUCAAGAACGGCCAUCAUCACCACCAAGUGAGCGCGGCAGCCCCCAAAGACGCAGCAGCGACCCCGGGCGCUGCAGCCUGCAGUCCCGAGAAGAGGAGGAGGAGAAUCCGUGUGUGGUGCGAUGGCUGCUACGACAUGGUGCACUAUGGCCACUCCAACCAGCUGCGGCAGGCCAAAGCCAUGGGAGAUUACCUCAUUGUCGGAGUGCACACAGACAGUGAGAUUGCAAAGCACAAGGGUCCGCCGGUUUUCACUCAGGAAGAAAGAUAUAAGAUGGUGCGGGCCAUAAAAUGGGUGGAUGAGGUCGUGGAAGGAGCUCCUUAUGUCACCACUCUCGAGACCCUCGACAAGUACAACUGUGACUUCUGCGUUCACGGAGAUGACAUAACUCUAACUGUGGAUGGAAAAGAUACAUACGAAGAGGUGAAGAAGUCGGGGCGCUACAGGGAGUGUAAGAGGACCCAGGGAGUUUCAACCACAGACCUGGUCGGCAGGAUGCUCCUGAUGACCAAAGCACACCACAGCAACAUUGACAGUUCAGACUAUAAACAACACACAGACAACUUUGGAAAGAAGGGCCAUAGUCCCUGGACUGGGGUGUCUCAGUUCCUGCAAACUUCUCAGAAGAUCAUUCAGUUUGCUUCAGGCCAUGAGCCUCAACCCGGAGACACCAUCAUCUAUGUAGCAGGAGCCUUUGACCUCUUCCACAUUGGUCAUGUGGACUUCUUGGAAGCAGUGCACAAACUCGCAGAAAAGCCAUAUAUUAUAGUUGGGUUGCACUUUGAUCAGGAGGUGAAUCGUUAUAAAGGGAAAAACUACCCCAUCAUGAACAUCCACGAGAGAACACUCAGUGUCCUGGCUUGUCGGUAUGUAUCAGAGGUGGUGAUUGGCGCCCCCUUUGCAGUCACAAAAGAUUUACUUGAUCAUUUGAGGGUGGAUCUGGUUUGCCAUGGGAAGACAGAAAUAUACCCUGACAAGGAUGGAUCUGACCCAUAUGCUGAGCCGAGAAGGAAAGGAAUGCUGCGCAUGGUGGACAGCGGGAACAGCCUCACUACAGACGCUAUUGUGCAGAGGAUAAUCAAAAACAGAUUACAAUUUGAGGCACGGAACCAGAAUAAAGAGGCCAAAGAGAUCGCUGUGAUCCAAGCCAUGAAGCGGCAAGAGGAGGAAAAGACUAAAGAGCCAGCUCGAGCUGUGCUGUAGGCAGUACUAACUGGGGGGGGGGGGGGGUCUAUCUAACACUGACAAGCCUGGUUAAUAGCUACUCCUGUACGGUAAAAUCAGCUCUUUUGUAAAUGUUAUAGGACCUCUUCACACGAUCCUGGUUAAUAACAGCAGGGUUUACAGCAGAGAGAAACCAGGCUGGACUUCUGUGCAUCAUCUGGUGACUAUCUAUACAAGACCAACAAAGAUGUUGCCGAAUCCUCAGAUGGAUGUUUUAAAUCUUUAUAGUUUAAAUUCCACAAGUAACUUUAUUUUUCUGCCUUCAAAAACAAAAUGUUGACUUUUAUUAUGGGCUCUGAGCACGUGGCCUGAGAUGUUCAGGCUUUAAUUAUAUAAGAAGGAAGUGAUAUGAUCAGUACUUCCUGCUCCUGAGGCUGUUGCUGCUUUUAGCCCAAAAAUGGGCUUAGCCCCAGAACUAAUCAACCUGUGUAUAUACUGUAUGUAUUUAAGUACUAUAAAAGUGACUGCAGGCUCUCUGCAGGAUGCUGACACCACUAGAAAGUCAAGAGAGAAUAUACCUCCUUCUCUCUUCUGACUUUAUCUAGAGGGAUUUUGUUCAAACUUUGACUGACUCAUCAUGUACUGUAUAACCAAAUCUGCUCCACUCUGCACUGACUGCUCAAAAAUAAUCAGAGCUAUUUCUCUUAAUAGUAGUUUUUUUUUACUUGAAAAUGCACAGUGUUGAGACCUUAAAGUCUGACUUAUUGAAUGCAAUUGUUUUUUUAAACCAACAAUCCUUAGAAAUAUUGACAGUGUAAAGAAAACUAAAGUUUAAACUUUAACCUUUCAUAUCCUAACUACAGAAAUAUGACUUAUUGCUACAUGUUAUUUACUUGAACACAAAGCAGAGUUCAAACUAUCACUGAAGUCCUGAAUGAUUUAACCUCUGUUUCUAUAUGAAAUGGGAUUUAAAUAUUAUAUUUUUUUGUAGAUAUAUAUUUUACUCACCAACUCUCCAUUAACUGCUGUAUAGAUGGUCCAUUAUUGUCUAAACAUUUUAAGAAUAUGUCUCUAUGUCAAGUUGGAAUGUACUGAGUGUUGGCUAUGAUCUAUGUUAUUGACACCUGCCAGUUGCAUUAUACUGUAGAAAUUGCUAAUAAAAUAAUAAU